GAGAGACCCUUCCCCUCCCCUUCGCCCUGGAGACAGGGCUCGCCUGCUGGAGGAGCGGUUGUCCAGCCAGGAGAGGACCACGGCUCUCCUCCUCCAUCAGGCCUUCCAGAUCAAAGAUGACAUCGUCUCCUGCCUCCAGAGAACCAAAGGCUUUCAGCACGGGCAGGCUGCUGCCCAGCAGCUGCUGGAAAACCACAUCCAGACCAUCACCAGCAUCGUUAAAAGGCUCAGCCAGGACAUUGAGGUUUUGGAGAGGCAAAUAAGAACAAGGGAUAGUGCUGCUAUAGAAACUAAUCUUGCUGUUCAAAGCCUGGACCACAAAUGCAUCCAGGGUCUUGGAGACCUGCAUGGAAGAGUGGCAAGAUGCGAGGCGAGCGUGGCAGAGCUCUCGGGGGACGUCGGCACCAUCCGCCGUGAGGCCCACAGGACUGGUAAAGAGAUUCAUGGACUGCACGCUGCCCUCAACAGUUGUGCUGGAGAUUUUGAGAAGAAGGUAAUGCAGCUAUUAAGCAAGAUAGAGACUUCCAGCUCUGAUCAAAGCUCGAAUUUAAAGACAGUCCAGGGAGAUCAACAUCACGAAUUGCAGCUUCUGGAUUUCAAGUUGAGGAGUAUUCUGAGUGACUUGAGGGAUCAGAUACAGACUCACCAGAAGCAGAUGGAAGCACAGUGGACACGGUGUGAAGAAGAUCAAGCCCAGCACAGGACCCAGCUGCUUAACCUGGUGAUGGAGAGACUGGAAAGAGCAGAAAAAAGGCUGGAAGAAAAGCUCCUGCAUCUGUCCCUGAAGCUGGAACAAAUGGAUAAGCCCCAGAAGUACGAGAAGCAGCUGGAGCAGAUGAGGAGUGAGGGAAGAUCCCUGCGUGCACAGAUCACCAGAUUGGAGAGACAGGUCUGGAGGGAGCUCGAGGAAAUCCAAAAUGAGUACAGAUCAGGAUUUCAAUCUGUUCAGGAGUCUCUGGAGCUGCUCAAACAGAUACAGAGCACAAAGCUGAAACUUGAAAAAAAGAAAAUUCAGAAAGAAAUGAAAAAGAUACAAUGA